GUCUGUCAGUCAGGGGUUGACGUCUACGUGGUGAGGUUUGGAACCRCUAACCCGGUUGUACACUUAUCACCAUGGUUGAGACCCGUAGUGGGAAGGAGACUAGCCCCUACACCACUGAGCAGCAAGAAAAGAUGGCCGCCUUAGUCAGAGAGAAUAAGGAGAGGAAAGAGCGUGAAAAGCAAGCCAAGCUUAAGGCUAUCGCAGACGAGCAGGCGGCGAAGAUGAAGAGAUUGGAGGAGGAGAUGAAGAGGGUACAACAKGAGGAGGAAGAAAGAARGAAGGCUGCUGAAGCAGAAGCGGCAGCAGAAGAAGAGAAAGAGAGGAUGAGAAUUGAGAGUGGGGAAGGAAGUAGUGGUGGCACGAUGAAGUGGGAGACAGAUACUGAGCUGGAGAAGAAGAUCAGCGAGUGGGUUGCUAAUUUAUCGUUGGGGGAGGACGAGGAGGCGGAGUCCUAUGUGACUAAGGAUGAGAAGGCUGCGCUGGCCGCUAAGCUAGCAGCCAUGACAGACCCAAUGGAACGAAGAGAGAGGGAAGACGAGCAAAAGUUAGCAUGGAAGUUGAGAACGAAGAGGGAGAAGAAGAGGAGGAGAGAGGAAGUGAAUAAGAUGACCGCCGCAGUGGCAAAGGUGCAGGAGGGUAGAGCGGAGGUGCUGGCCCAACCAGAUGAUAAGGCCAAGUGAGACAAAGUACUGGGCUAUCUAGAGGUGUUGAGCAAGGCCUGGAUGGAAGAGCGCCAAGAUGUAAAACUUGAGUGCCAUGCGGUCAGGGUUUAGACACUUUGCGCG